AUGCCCCAAUUAACAUUAUUAUCAGAUCCGAAAUCGAAAUCGUUAGCUUUAUCACCUAAGAAACCCAUUCACACCUCCUCUGACCCCGGAAAUAGUAGUCGGAAAGCAGCAUAUGCAAAGAAAGGUGACGAACCGAAUUUGUGGGAAUUACAUCAUAUCCAAGAAGAUAUGGCUGCUAUAUCGAAGAAGAGACAUGCCAAGGAUGAAGUGGAAAGUCCGAACAAGAAGAGGAAGGGAGCGGAGGACGAGGAGAUGAAAGGGCAACCUGAUAGGUCUGAUGGACAUGAUCCGGAAGGAGGAGGCGUUGCUGGGGAGAAAGGCAGUAAGGAGAAAAAGAAGAAUGCUUAUGAGAUCAAGGGAAAGAUUGCUACAGCUGAAGAUGCUGCUCGAGCAGAUGAAGAUACGCCUCUUAAUAAACUUGAGCGAUUGAUCGAGAAGGGUCAAAAGGAAGUAGAGAAAGGUGACAGUGUUGUAUACUGGAUGAGGAUGGAAGAUCUAAGGAUUGAGGACAAUACCGCUCUUUACAAAGCUUCUGAGAAAGCUCGCGACUUCGGUAUACCCCUUAUCGUGCUGUUCGUGAUCAGCCCAGGAGAUUAUAAGAUACAUGAUAGGAGUAAUAAGAAGAUCGACUUCAUCCUCAGGAACCUACGCGAUCUCAAGACCAAAUUCCAUGACCUCAACAUCCCCAUACAUAUCGCCUCAUACGACAGGAGAUUGCAGAUCCCCCGAAGAGUAAUCACCGAGAUCCUACCUUCGCUCGGAGCCAAGCACCUGUUCGUCAAUAUCGAAUAUGAAGUAGACGAAUUGAGGAGAGAUAUUGCGACGGUCAAACUAGGGAGGGAGAACGGAAUCGAUGUGAGAUGUCUACAUGAUAGAUUGGUGGUUCCGCCUGGUAAGAUAAAGAGUCAACAGGGUAAACCUAUGAGCGUGUUCAGUCCUUGGCAGAGAGCGUGGGCGAAAUUACUUGAUCAACAGCCGCAUUAUCUCAAUAUGUCACCUUCACCUAAAGCCAAUGACGAUUCUAUCAAAUCGAACGAUCAGUUCAACAAGCUAUUUGAAGAGGAUAUACCAGAUCAUGUAGAGGGAUUUGAAUGUCCGGAAAGUGAAAAGUUGAAAGAGGUCUGGCCGGAAGGUACAGAUCAAGCUAAAGAGCUACUUCAUCGAUUCUUACAUACUAAGCCUCGUCAAACCCAAUUCCAAUUCACAUCACCCUUGAACCCAGGCGCAGAGGAAUCCCAAAAGGAAUCUCGAGUUGCUCAAUACCAGACAGGUCGGAAUUUGGUAGAUGGAGAUAACUCUUCGAGAUUGUCGCCGUAUCUUGCAGCUGGUGUGAUAUCAGCUAGAAUGGUGCUGAACGAAGCGAAAAAGCUGAAGGGUGGAAAAUUGGAGAGUGGGAGAGAUACAGGUGUGGGCAUGUGGGUUCAGGAAGUGUCUUGGAGAGAUUUCUAUAACCAUGUGAUGGCUACUUGGCCACGAGUGUCGAUGGGUCGACCGUUCCUCGAGAAAUUCGCAGAUGUCCAAUGGGAAACUAACGAGGAACAUCUCCAAGCGUGGAAAGAUGGUAGGACAGGGUAUCCCAUAGUUGAUGCUGCGAUGAGAGCGUGCAAGGCUAGGGGUUGGAUGGAGAAUAGAGUCAGGAUGGUAUCGGCCAGUUUUCUAGUGAAGAGCUUGAUGCUUGAUUGGAGAUUGGGCGAGAAAUACUUCAUGGAGAGCUUCAUCGAUGGUGAUUUAGCUGCUAACAAUGGAGGCUGGCAAUGGACAGCUAGUACCGGUACAGAUCCGCAGCCAUUCUUUAGGAUAUUCAACACUUUGACUCAAUCGGAGAAAUGUGAUCCUACUGGCGCAUACAUUCGCUAUUGGGUACCCGAGUUGAGAAAUCUGAAGGGAAAAGCUGUACAUGACCCAUUCCAUCAGAUGCCCAAAAGCGAGUUCAAGAAGUUGGGCUAUGCUGAACCUAUAGUGGACCACAAGAAGAGUAGGGAGAGGGCGUUGUUCAGGUAUAAGAAUGUCGGUGAGAAGGAGGAAGGGGCGGAUGUGGACUGA